GUAUGUGGCGUCUGUUGCAGGUGGCAAGGGGUGGCUGUGCAUGAGAAAGCCAAACCCAGUUGAUGGUGUGGUGGAGAUACAGCAAUAGAAUGAGGGGCAGCGGCGGCGGCGAAGGGGUGUUUUGGCGAACUUUUAAAAGAAAAGGGUUGUCUGGAAAUUCUACUUCCACUUCAAGUUCAAGCGGUCUAAGCACCAUUCUUGGCCCCAAUCUCCCAGACGUUUGGAUCCCACGUGGCACUAGCUACAAUGUCAACACUGCUAGCAGCCCCAACUCCUUUACUAAUAGACAGGCUGCUGCAAUAAUUGACGGCAAGUCGAUUGCUCAGGAUAUAAGAGUACAGAUAGCUAAUGAAAUAGGCAGAAUGAAAGCUUCCAUUGGAAAAUCACCUGGCUUGGCAUUUGUUUUGGUGGGUGACAGAAGGGACUCUGAUACUUUCAUCCGCUUCAAGUUAAAAGCUUGUGAUGAAGUUGGAAUAGCAUCUUCGGUAUCAAAGCUGCCUGAAGAUUGCUCAGAAGAAGAAAUUCUUAACGUUGUUACAGGAUUCAAUGAGAACCCAUUCGUACAUGGUAUUAUUGUGCAACUUCCUCUACCCAAACAUUUGGACGAGGAAAAGAUUAUAAAUUUUAUGAGUCCAGAAAAAGAUGUGGAUGGUUUCCAUCCCCUCAAUAUGGGGAAUCUUGCCAUGAGAGGAAGAAAGCCGUUAUUCAUCCCUUUUGCCUCUAAGGCUUGCAUUGAGUUGUUGCUGAGGUCUGGAGUGGAAAUCAUCGGAAAGAAGGCUGUGGUAAUUGGGAGAAGCAAAAUUGUUGGGUUGCCUACUUCCUUGCUACUGCAGAGGCACCAUGCAACUGUCAGCACUUUACAUGCAUUUACAAAGAAUCCAGAGCAUAUAUCUUCUGAAGCCGAUAUUGUGGUGUCAGAUGUUGGGGUUCCUAACAUUGUUCGUGGCGAUUGGCUAAAACCAGGAGCAUUUGUAAUUGAUAUGGGUACAAAUCCAGUAAAGGACUCGAGUUGUCGGAAUGGUUACCGGAUAACAGGAGAUGUUUGCUUUGAAGAAGCAAUUAAGGUGGCAUCAGCCAUAACCCCAGUGCCAGGAGGUAUAGGACCUGUUGCCAUUUCUAUGCUACUUUCCAAUACCCUUGACUCUGCUAAACGUGCGUUCACAUUCACUUGAAAUGUCAGAUUUUGUAUACAUAUACAAUUUACUAUCUUGUCUCUUUUUGUUUCCAAUUUCAUUGCCUUUCCACUUCUGAGAAUAUAUGUUACUCAUUGUAUGAAAAUAGAUUAUCGGGAAAUUGUUAAUGUAUUCGAGUUAACGUUCCCCCUAGAGGUGGUGAUAGGCUGUGCUGUGCCAAAAUUUUCACAGCCCAUCAUGCCAUGGCAGACAACCAAAACUCAAGACCCACAGCACAGCCCAUGGCUUGGUAGAUCGUGCUGUGUCAUGCCUUCAUGGACCAACCCACAAUUGCAACAGCUACAUUUGAAUUUUUUUUUAAAUUCGUGGGUCGUGCCAUGCCGGUCCACGGGCCAUGGCACGACACAAAAUUUUCGUGUUGUGCCAUGGUGAGCCAUGCCAAAAAAUUUGUGGGUUGUGUCGGUACGACCCAUUGCCACCUCUAGGUCCCCCCACCUCUGGUGCUGACCAAGAUCCAUGGGUCAUCACUAUAAGCAACAUUAUCUUCGGUACUAUAGUGUUUGUCGAGAUUAUAGAAUUGUGUAAGACUUGCGAAGAUAUAUGAUACUCCAUGCAUGGAUAUAAGAUUAUAGGUCAUUGUUAAAAGUACCGAGGGUAACAUUUCGCCCUCCCUCGUGAUUUAUCUCUAAUACUAU